UUGGAUCUGAUAAAGAUGUCUCUUGGGAGCGUUUGGGAAACAAUGCAGUCAGUAGCAUCCUUCUUCAUGGAAUUUGAAUGGUCAGAGAAUCAUAUGAACUUUGACAUGGACAUGUCGGAUGAGAUCCUGAUCACCGACAUCAUCGACCAGCUCAACCACCGGGUGGCAUUCAUCACAGGUGGUAAGACUCAGGAGGGGUAUCCCAUCAUCAACAUGCCGGAGUGUCCCAAGUUUAACCUGGUCCGAGAUGAAGACUUUGUCAGACUCAUGACCUACCUCGUCAGGAUACCAAGUCGUCUGGAAUUUGACAGGGGGUUCGUCAUAAUCAUCGAUCGAUCUACAAACUCAUGGGGAGACGUCAAAACGACCUUGAUUAGAAUAGCGGAUUAUUAUCAGGGCUACUUCCCCGGUAUCAUCCAAGGCGUGUACGUCAUCAAACCCAGAGGCUUCCUCCAGAAGACCUUCUCAGAGAUGCGCUUCAAAGGACUCAAGGAUGAAUUCAAAUUCAAGAUUGACCUUGUGGACAGCACCACCGAACUCCAUGCUCGGAUAGACCCCACGCAGCUUACCAACGAAUUCGGUGGUACUUUGAACUUUGACCUCAAAGGGUGGAUAGAAGACAGGAUGGCCAUCGAGCGGUUCGCCAGCAACUGUCGGGAGCGGUCGACGACGGUGCGCGCCCUGACGGAGGAGCUGCAGCUGAUGGAGAUGCCCAAUAAUGCGGAGAACGCCACCAUGCUGCUGAUCGAACAGCGGAAGCGUCGUAUGGAGGUCAAGGAGGACCUGACGUCCGCGGUCAAGUACGGUCAGACGCUGCUCAGCUGUCUACGAAAGGUCACCGGCGAUGGGAAGGAGAAGAACCCCGAUAAACUACUCACAACAUGUGCAAUAGAAAAACUAUUAGAAGAACUGGAAGUCUUGGAGAAGGAGUUUGACGACACCUGGUGCGACCAAGAAUCCAGGUUAAUAUUCUGCCUCAAAGUCCGGAAGUACGAAGAGGAAUUCAAAGUGGUAUUAUUACUGUUAGAAAACAUCUCAGAGAAGAUCAACCCAGAAAGCAGCAUAGGCAAUGCUGUGGAAGAAUGCAACACAUUUUUGGAAAGACAUGCCGAAUUAGAAGCAGAGAGCAAGGAGGCCUUAGACCGAUCAGACAAGCUGACCCAGACGGGCGAGGACCUGAUGAAGAACAACAAGUACCCCAUGGAGGUGGCCAUCGUGGAGCCCAAGUGCACCGAGCUGGUCAGCAGGACCUCCGACCUGCAGGACAGCCUCGCCAACCGACGCACCAUGCUGGAGAGGUCUCUGGAACUGCACCAGAGGAUACAAAAGGCUGAUGAUUGGUGUAGCGAUGGCAUGAAGCUUCUGGCCUCGCAGGAAAUGGAUCAGUCCCAGUCCAAAGAGGGAGCCGAGAAGUACCUGCGCCAGAUCGACGAGGAGCUACGAAGGUUUCGGGAACUCAAGCUCAGCGACCCGCGAGAGUUCCGUCAGAUGUUUGCGGAUAUACUCAGCGUCGAGGGGAAGUUUGAGCGGCAAAAGAAUCUGGUAAGAGAAGCUGUGACAAAGAUGGAAGAUGUCAGGUCGCUUUUCCAGAAGCGCCGGGAAGGCCUGAAGAACAUCAUCGCCAAGUUUGAGAGGCCGAUCGUCAAGAUGGCCCCCGUGGCCCCCCUCCAGCACUCGCCCCACUCCUCCACCUCGACCACGCCCCACAGCUCGCCCUCCGGAGGCAGGCUGGGUGUCCCCCACAACGGCACCUCCGCCCCGGUCUCGCCCAGGCAGAAGCAUAAAAAGGGCAAAGGGCAACGGUUGGACCGUAAGAUCGAGAUCAUCCGCGACGACUCUCAGCCCAUGAGUUUCAGCAGCGACGGGGAAUUCCAGGAUGAAGUGGAUUGCAACUCUCUCAGUUAUAAGCGCAGAAUCCUCAUGAAAAUGGGUGUGUGUCCCAAGUCCUACGCUCACCAAGACAACGGGUUCCAUCACUUCGUAAUGGAGAAGAACCACUCCAACUCCUUUAGAUCCCUUGCUCAGUAUAAGCUGAGGCAUGUGAUCAAGGAGUUGAUAGAGACAGAGAAGAUCUACGUGAAGGAGUUAGAGGCGGUUUUAAACGGCUACAUCAAGCAGAUGGAUAGCCCCGCCUUUGCGGGACAGAUCCCUCCCUCGCUGCAGGGCCACACAGACGUACUAUUUGCCAACUGGGAGCAGCUCUACAACUUCCACAAAAAUAAAUUCUUGGUAGAACUGGAGAAUUACAGAAACACACCCACCCUUGUCGGCAAGUGCUUUGUAGAUAUGAAAGAUGAGCUGGAUCAGCUGUACAGUGUUUAUUGCCAAAACAAACCCAGGUCUGAGUUAUUAAGGAGAGAAUGUGGCUCAAACAACACAUUUUUCCAAGAAUGCCAAAAGCAAUUAGGUCACAAACUACCCCUGAGUGCGUACCUCCUGAAACCCGUUCAGAGGAUAACAAAGUAUCAACUCCUACUGAAGGAGAUGAUGAGAUACUCUCCGAUGGAGAAAGGAGCGGACGAUCUUCAGGCUGCUCUUGACUGCAUGCUAACAGUACUCAAAUAUGUCAAUGACUCCAUGCAUCAAGUAGCCAUUACUGGUUAUGAGGGAACCCUUUCUGAUCUUGGCAAGCUGCUCAUGCAAGGACCCCUCCACAUGUGGACGGAACACAAGAGUCGUCACAAUCUCAAAGACAUCCGACAGAAGCGCAUGCAACGUCACAUCUUCCUCUACGAGAAGGCGGUGCUCUUCUGCAAGCGGAGGGGAGACAUCAGCGACAAAACAUUCUACGGCUACAAAAACAGUAUUCCCACACCGUCCUUAGGUUUGACAGAGCAUGUGAAAGGAGACAAGAAGAAGUUUGAGUUAUGGCUCGGUGGCCGAGUGGAGGUCUUCAUCUUACAGGCACCAACAGAAUCUGACAAGAUAGCAUGGACUAAGGCAAUCAGACAAGCCCUUCUAACCAACAAGGAGCAGACAGGGAGAAAAAUCUCAGCUACACAGAAGCCAAUCAUUGAGAAUCACGUAGAAGCAUUGCACGCCAACACCAAUGCUGGUAACAACAACGGUCUCUCGCUCCCUUCACCGACCAGCGACUCGUCGUCAGCGGGUAGCGCAAAUCCCUCGCUUACAAGUGAACCCUCGUUAGAGAACGAUGAGGAAUACGACGACUGGGGCAGCGCAGAGUUCACCGAUUCGGAAGAUGAGAUUUUAGAUCGGGAUUGCCUGUCUGAACCCGUCGACAUGAACCAGUACGUGGUGCUUGCCGAGUACAACGUGGUCGAGCCCGGGGAGCUGUCCGUGCGGGAGGGGGAGAUCGUAGACGUGCAGAAGGUCGGUAAAUCAGGGUGGUGGCUGGUGCGCAAGCACUCGAACGCCGACCAGGGCUGGGUGCCGGCCAGCUACCUGGAAAUGCUUGCUAGUCGCAUCUCACGUUCAAACCACUCCCUAAGCAGUCAAGAGAGUCCGGAUGAACGGUAAACACAGAAGAGUGAACGGGAAGAGAUGAGACACCGUGACCCCUUGACCUACCUUGACCUACCUAUCUUCGUUGCGUGCUGGUCACACAGUCAGACACUCUUAACCCUCAGACCACUGAAUGCUCAAGUUCCCAUAGGCUUGACACAGGGACACACCCGGUUUCCAGGAGUCAAGGGUUAAGUGCCCUCCAGCAGUCAAGCAUACAUAACUAAAAACUUCCCAUGUCAUACAACAUUCCCGCUUCCAUGCUCAAAGCGUAUGGAAGACAAAACUGUAGCUAUUUUCUGAUUUAGAUGUUGCGGAUAUGUGGAGAGAUUUCCA